AUGGAGCUUGAGCAGCACCUGGUCAAGAACAGCCUGGCCUAUGGCGCCACGCCUCGGCUUGGCCAGAUUUCUGUGGCUCGAAAGGCGAUGGGUGGUGCGUCCAUGAAAGCCAAGGGGCCCGACCAGCUGAUGAUCGCUUCCGAGAUCGCGGGCAUGUCAUCAGUCGUCACUAAAGACAUGCUGGUGGUGGACUUCCGCACGCGGCUGCUGACUGGCAUCAAGUCAGUGUAUGGCGAGCUGAGUGAGGAAGGGGAGAUCAAUGCUGAGCAGUUCUCGUACCUGAAGGAGAGUGCAGAUGAGGGUCUGGACUCAGUCAGCACCCCCCUAUGUGAUUGGUACCACCUGGAGAACUCCCUGUCAGCCUCGGGGUGGCGCAAGCUGAUUAACAAGUUCCUGAGGGGCUUUGAGAAGACCCUGCAGCGCUGGCUGUUCACUUCCCUUGAAACCUCGGCGAUUAUUGCCAGGAACUUCAUCCAUGCUCAUGAGGAGGCCACACACCACCUGCACGAGUACAUACAGUUCAUUAAACAAGAGCAGUCAGAGAAUGGGGUAAUGGAUGAUGCCACACGGCUUGUAGAAGAGGCUUCAGCAAUGGUCCUUGAGGAAAGCAGGCAGGAGAGCGAGCAGGCAGUUGAGUUUGUCAAGAACCUACGCCGUGCCUACCCUGAGAUUGCACGUGCCAUCAAGAGUAAACUGGCUGCAUGGGAGGUUCUGCGCAUGAAGGCAGAGUAUGUCCAGAAACUGGGUCAGUCUGGCCUGAUAGAGGCCAAGGAGGCCACUGCCCUCACCCUGCUUAUUGAGAGCACGAUCAAGAAGCUGAUGUACAACCCGCCCAAGGUCGACCUCGCAGAGCCCAAGGUCAUGCUGAAGACCCACCCCGUGUUCUAUGAGAUGGACCAGCACGCCUUUGACACCCUCGUAUGGCCACACGCCAAGCUCAAGGUCUAUGACAAGGACCAGACGAUAUUCGAGCUUGGGCAGGAGGCCCGCAACUUGACUCUGAUCGUCCGUGGCAUAGCAAGGGUGGAAUCGCCAGGUGUUGAGAGGGGAACCUACCAAGAGGGCACUGGUGCAAUGGUGGGCAUCAGCGAGGUUAUGCUGAAGCAACGCAGGUCCCGCAGCCUCACCGCCGAGACCGUCGUCCAGGUGUACCACAUCGACGCCCAGGAGUUCCACACCAUCGUGCAGAGGCACGAGACUGUGCGGCGCAGGUCCUGGCAGAUGGCGGGCGCCUUCCAGACGCUGCAGCACCCCUGGGGUCCCUUUAAGGGGGCUAGCCUUGGAGAACUGCAGUCCGUGUUCUGGCGCUCCGAUCUCCUGAUGCGCAGCCAGGGCGAGCGCCUCAAGGUGGAGGGCACCUGGUACCUGGCCCACGGCGAGCUGGUCGAGCUCAACAACGACGGCUCCCGCCGCUGCCCCACGCCCUCCCCCGCGCCCCUCUCCCCCUCCAUCGCUGUCCACCUCUGCACCUCGGACGUCAAGAUCCUCAAGCUGCCCGAGAACGCCCGGCCCAGCCACCUGGGCAUGAAAUCGUCCACCCCCUCCCUGGGGCCCCGCGCAAGCGCCUCGGGUGUCCGCCGCACCUCCCUAGCAAACCUGUCGAUGCGGCCGUCGGCCCUGACGGCCAACAGCAUCGGCAGGGCCAGCAGCGGGACGCCGGGAUCGGGGAAGGGCUCCCCUGCGGCGUUUGGACGGCCAUCAUACGGAUCCCAGACGGGCAAGGCGGGAGGCGCCCUGCAAGGCCUGCCAGGGAUUGCCGAGGCGAAGCCAAGCCUGGGCCGCAGCGGGCUGGCCAACAUCGCAGAGGGGGACGGGGAUGAGCCCCAGGCGCCCUCCGCGUGGGAUAGCGUGAAGGUGGCUGGGGAGGAGCAGGAGGGGCGGGGGGCAGGUGGGGGUGGCAGCAGGUUCGUGGCGCGGGGGCUGAGCCCGGAUGUGGAGCAGGUGCACCCGCGGUCGGUGAUGAGUGCGGACUCGAAGUUUAGGCAGGAGAUGCAGAGGAUGCAGCCGCAGACCAUGAGGCCCAGCUCAGGCAGCAGCAGGCCGCCGACCCGGCCGCCCGUCGGCGAUCGUCCAUGA